AUGCUGAGUAGACAGCAACGUGUCCUGGAAGUUGGUAAGAAUGAUGGCAUUGCGCCUGGAGCUGCGGUUGGUGACGAAGACAUUGAUAUUUCGGGCGGUUUAGACAUUGGUCGGGAUGGUCAUAUGGAGGACAAUAAGGUUGCUGGGUUGCCACGAGGCUACUGCCUGCUCUCCGGUGCUUCUCGGCUCAUCGAUGUAUCGCUGGAACGAGAUUUGCCCGAUAUUGUUGACGGGGUUGGGGCGGAACAGUGCGGAUAUGCAUGCGCCUUGUCGGGGCUCGAGAGCUUGCGAGGAAGGAAGCGCUGCGCUAGAUGCGACAGAGACCAUGAGGAUGGCGGAGAGGAGAUAUUCGGAGGCGUGAAAGAACAUGUUGAUGUCUUUAGAAUGGGGUUCGCGCUUGACGACGUGGAAUUAAUAGAUGAGUAG